UUCCGGUGUGGCUCAGACUUGGUGAUCGGAGCAAAGAGACAGACGCGCGGGCUGGGACCAUGGCGGACGGAGGGUCGGAGCGCGCGGAUGGGCGCAUCGUGAAGAUGGAAGUGGACUACAGCGCCACGGUAGACCAGCGUCUGCCCGAGUGCGAGAAGCUGGCCAAGGAAGGAAGACUUCAAGAAGUCAUUGAAACUCUUCUCUCCUUGGAAAAGCAAACUCGUACUGCUUCUGAUAUGGUGUCCACAUCCCGGAUCUUAGUUGCAGUCGUAAAGAUGUGCUAUGAAGCUAAAGAAUGGGAUUUACUUAAUGAAAAUAUUAUGCUUUUGUCAAAAAGACGAAGCCAGUUAAAGCAAGCUGUUGCAAAAAUGGUUCAACAGUGCUGUAUUUACGUUGAGGAAAUCACAGACCUACCCAUCAAACUUCGAUUGAUUGAUACUCUACGAAUGGUCACAGAAGGAAAGAUUUAUGUUGAAAUUGAACGUGCUCGACUAACUAAAACUUUAGCAACUAUUAAGGAGCAAAGUGGUGACGUGAAGGAGGCAGCCUCCAUUUUACAGGAGUUACAGGUGGAAACCUACGGAUCCAUGGAGAAGAAAGAGAGAGUGGAGUUUAUCCUGGAGCAGAUGCGGCUCUGCCUUGCUGUAAAGGAUUACAUUCGUACACAGAUCAUCAGCAAGAAAAUCAACACCAAAUUCUUCCAGGAAGAAAAUACAGAGAAAUUAAAGUUGAAAUACUAUAACUUAAUGAUUCAGCUGGAUCAACACGAGGGAUCCUAUUUGUCUAUUUGUAAGCACUACAGAGCAAUAUAUGACACUCCCUGUAUACAGGCCGAGAGUGAAAAGUGGCAGCAGGCCCUGAAAAGUGUUGUUCUCUAUGUUAUCCUGGCUCCUUUUGACAAUGAACAGUCAGAUUUGGUUCAUCGAAUAAGUGCUGACAAGAAGUUGGAAGAAAUUCCUAAAUACAAAGAUCUCUUAAAACUUUUCACAACAAUGGAGUUGAUGGGUUGGUCUACACUUGUGGAAGACUAUGGAAUGGAGUUAAGGAAAGGUUCUUUGGAGAGUCCUGCAACUGAUGUGUUUGGUCACACAGAGGAAGGUGAAAAACGGUGGAAAGACUUGAAGAACAGAGUUGUAGAACAUAAUAUUAGGAUAAUGGCCAAGUAUUACACGAGGAUAACAAUGAAGAGAAUGGCACAACUUCUGGAUCUCUCUGUUGAUGAAUCCGAGGCCUUCCUCUCAAAUCUUGUGGUCAACAAGACCAUCUUCGCUAAAGUAGACCGAUUGGCGGGAAUUAUCAAUUUCCAGAGGCCCAAGGAUCCAAAUAACUUAUUAAAUGACUGGUCUCAGAAACUGAACUCGCUGAUGUCCCUCGUUAACAAGACCACGCACCUCAUAGCCAAAGAGGAGAUGAUUCAUAAUCUACAAUAGGCUCUCAUUGCCCUGACUACUUUAGAAAAGAGUUAAGAUGGGAAGUGAUUAAAAAAGAAAGAAAAGACUCGUGGUGUGUAUGUUUGGGGUUUAUUUGGCUUUUUUGUUUUUAAUUCUUUUCCUUCUCUAAAAUUUUCAAGACUCAAGGCCCUCUUUGUACCUUUUGAUUCUGUGAUUUCUGUUGAAAACUUGGCAUUUUCGGUUGAUACAAAUAUUUACAUUAUCUGAGAUUGAGAGUGCUCAAAACCUUGUGUCAAGCCAAGCACAUUUUUUUUUAUCAUUUGAAAUCUUUUUAGCUACAUGUUUUUUGUUCAGCAAACAACCAUUAUUGUAAUAAAAGCAAUACAUAUAUGUUA